UUGGACGCCCAGCUCCACGCAGUUGUAAUGUUAAGAGGAUGCCUAAUCCCUUCACUGCCUGCCAGUAUCUGCUUUCUUUUUUGAUGGUCAACCUUUUUCUAUCCCGCAGUGCUUAUUCCAAUCCUAUCUCUCACUCAGGACCAUCCUCAGUGAUCAGCAACGAUGAUGACUCAGCUUCUCCUCUUCACCACGUCUCCAAUGGCAGUAACACUCCCUCCUCUUCAGAGAUGGGCCCUGAUGCAGUCAUCAUUGGCAUGACCAAGAUCCCAGUGAUAGAAAACCCGCAGUAUUUCAGGAGCACCAACAGCCUUCUCAAGACUGAUACAUUUGUGCAGCAUAUUAAGAGGCACAAUAUUGUGCUGAAAAGAGAGCUUGGGGAAGGAGCUUUUGGAAAAGUCUUCCUGGCGGAGUGUUACAACCUCACACCGGACCAGGAGAAGAUACUGGUGGCAGUUAAGACACUCAAAGAGGCCAGCGAAAACGCCAGGAAAGAUUUCCACCGCGAGGCCGAGCUGCUGACCAACCUGCAGCACGAGCACAUCGUCACUUUCUACGGAGUGUGUGUGGAGAGCGACCCCCUCAUCAUGGUGUUUGAGUACAUGAAACACGGAGACCUGAACAAGGCUCAUGGUCCAGAUGCAGUUCUGAUGGCAGAGGGCCAAACCACCCGGCCUGUGGAGCUGACCCAGUCUCAGAUGCUGCACAUUGCCCAGCAGAUAGCGUCUGGCAUGGUCUACCUUGCAUCACAGCACUUUGUGCAUCGUGACUUGGCCACCCGGAACUGCUUGGUGGGUGAGAACCUGCUUGUGAAGAUUGGGGACUUUGGCAUGUCCAGAGACGUGUACAGCACUGACUACUACAGGGUUGGUGGCCAUACCAUGUUGCCCAUCCGCUGGAUGCCCCCUGAAAGCAUAAUGUACAGGAAGUUCACAACGGAAAGUGACGUUUGGAGUCUAGGAGUUGUUCUCUGGGAGAUCUUCACCUAUGGAAAACAGCCUUGGUACCAGCUCUCCAAUAAUGAGGUCAUAGAGUGUAUAACUCAAGGCAGAGUGCUGCAGCGCCCCAGGACCUGCCCAAAAGAAGUGUAUGAUCUGAUGCUGGGAUGUUGGCAAAGAGAGCCACACAUGAGACUCAACAUAAAAGAAAUCCACGGCCUGCUCCUGAACCUGGCCAAAGCCUCU